AGCCAAGCAGCUACGAUGUACACGGAAGUAUUUGAUUUAUGUUAAAUGUCGGCCAGUGAACGAUCCAAGUGUUUCAUUAAGAUAAUGUGAUUCUGUAAAAUGCUUCUAAAAGAUGGCGGCAUAUAGGACAUUCGCCAGCCCAGAGUCCCAAAACUGGCUAAAACAGUGGAGGGCCGUCUUCAUUACGAGGAAAGCCAUCCUGCCUUCUGUCACGUCAAAGUCUAGCAAUCUGCAUUAUGAUAUUCUCCAGACGGCAUCGAAUGAGCAGACUUGUUCAUCAGACCAUGGUCAUAUAUCUGACCGGAAACAAAUACCUUGUCGAUUUCAUGAAAAACUUCGAAAUGAAAUCAUAGCCAUACACACAAGAAAGAAACCUUCAUGGGGAAACGCUUCGACUGACACAUGGCGAGACUCUCCGUUUGCUGUCGCCAAGUUAUUCAUGCAGUCAGCUGGAUAUGAUGAUAAAUCUUCAUUUGAUGAAAUUGACUUCAACGGACUGGCAGCCUUUAUGUAUAACUGCGGGAAAUACACACCCACUGUGAAAACACUAUCUGACGAGACUCGGAAGUACGUGAACAAGAUCCGGCAUAUGCCAGACUUAUGCGCAAGUGCUCUGACAGACCAGGCCACCACUGAGUGUAUAGACAGCAUGCUUGCGUUGCUUAACGACCCAGAUUUUCAGGGAGAUCCAGAAAUACUGGAAGCGAGCAAACAGCUAGAUGAGUUAAAGACCCUUACUAUAGAUCCGAACUCGGACUUGUUGAAAUAUAUUAUCGAAGAUACUACUAUCAGAGGCGUCCAAAAAAUCACGGAACUUGCUUGUGCUAAAGAAGGCAAAUGGAGCGAACAUGCAAGUGAGAUAAAGGGUGACAUUAAGAAACUCAGCGAUAUGUUAAUGUCCUCUUUAGAGAAACAAUGUGAGAGUGUCAUUUACGAUAUAAAGAAAACUUCUGAAAAUUCUCUUGCACAGCUGGAUUCGUGUGUAAACAAUGCUAAGAACAUUCUGAAUGAGACAAUCGAACAAGGCAUAUUUAGAGUGAAAGACACUGCUGAAAAGGCAAUUAAGAUGGGGAAAAACGAACUAAACGAAAUUAUUGGAAGUACAAAACAGAAGAAAGAGCGUGAUGAACAAAGGGAGUCCAAAUUAACAAAAGCAAAGUCAGAUUUACACCAACAAUUGCUCAGUCAUUACCAGACAACGUCUCUCCGAAUGAACAUCCGAUUGGACAUCGAUGCAGCCGUAGAAGACAUUUAUGAAAAGCCCAAACUUGUACUGAAGAACAAGAAAGACAAAGAUGGUAAAAUAAAAGAUAAAAAAAUAUCAGAAAUAAAUGAUAUGUUUCUGAGCGACAAUGGUAAGAUGGCUAAAACAAUAUUCGUGGUGGGCGAACCGGGCCAGGGCAAGUCCUCGCUCUGUAAAAAGAUCGUCCAUGGCUGGUGCGAACUGAAAAAGGACGGAAAUGAGAAGACAAAGAAAGACAACACGUUGAGCCGGUUCGGGUUCGUAUUCUACAUAAGGCUACGAGAGGCUGAUGAUCAAUGCAAAAUCAAAGAUAUGAUAAUACAGUGUUUGAUUGAACAGAUUCAUUCCGAUGAUAAAGAGUCAAAAGAGCUGUUAGCAGAUAUUUUGAAAUCAGAAUGUUGCCUUCUUCUACUUGAUGGCUUAGACGAGUGGACACAUUGUAUCAAAUGUAAGCGUGAUGAACGAAUUCCUCAUGUUGAAACAGGAUGGACGAACUGUACAACAUUGAUAACAACACGACCAUACAAACUAGCGGAGCUGAAAAUGAGCCGCUUACAACUCGGCAAUCAUGUGCUGCUGGAGGGCGUUCAGUCACCUAAGAAGCUUGUUCGGAGAAUACUUGAGGAGUUGGAUAAAGACCAAGAAAUUAAACGUACAAAUACCUGCGUUCAAGCCCUCAAAAUAAAAGGAUUAUGGCAUUUCAGCGGUGUUCCAAUCGUGCUUGUUCAAAUUGUUUGGCUGUGGUACAGAGACAUGCUACACGAAAACAUGUCUCUGCCUGAAGUUUACGAGAAAAUAAUAGAAGAAAGGUGGUGUGAAAUGAACGACAAGAAAAAGAUAAAAGACAACGAACUUCUAGAAGAAUUUCUUUAUUCUUUGGGCAAAUUAGCUUUCAAUAAACUGUUUUCAGCAAAUGAGGUUGAUUCAAUUGUUUUUGGCAUUGCAAAGGGUGAGUUAGAGAAAAAGUACCAACAAGAAUCUCUUGAAUCUGGCAUCAUGUCCUGUAGUAGUAAAAUAGGUGAAAGAUCGGCGUAUUAUCAGUUUUUGCACAAAUCGCUUCAAGAAUACUGUUCAGCACUGUAUUUGGCGAAAUGCAGCAGCUCAGAUUUGCUCCAAAAUUGUCAACACGUUCAGAAAGUGUACAGACAUAACAGGGUGGAAGGUGUCUUUAGCAUGCGUCAGAUGUUCCUGUUUCUAUGCGGCAUGAAUAUUACUGCUGCUGAAGUGUUUUCGAAGUCAUUAAAUGAACUUUUUACUGAAUACUCUGCAAGAGACGGAUAUUCACCCGAGAAAGCAAAAGUUUUCCAGGACAUGAUACUGCAAGGCUAUGAGGAGGCAGAGAGAAGCGGAGAAACCACAGCAGAGUUAUGUCUGCAGCAUGUCAUCCUCGACGAUACUGAUGAUGUGCUUGAUGAGUUGUAUGAUGAAUGUGCCAUAUGA